CCAGGACUUGAACCAGCGCCCAUAUAGGAUGCUGGUGCUUCAGGCCAGGGCGUUAACCCAUUGCACCACAGCACCAGCCCCAGUUAUUUGUAAGGCAGAGAGAGAGAGAGAGAGAUCUUCCAUUCACUGGUUCACUCCCCAAAUACCCACAACAGCCAGAGCUGGGCCAGGCCAAAGGCAGGAGCCAGGAGCUCCCUCGGAGUCUCCCACGGGGGUACUUGGGCCAUCACUUUGGGCCAUCCCCAGGUGGGCAUUAGAGGAAGCUGGAUCUGAAGCAGAGCAGCCGAGACAGACCGGCACCUCAAUAUGGGGUGUGGCCAUUUCGAGUGGGGCCUUGACUGCUGUGCCCAAAGUCUGUCCUUCAGUGUACAACCUGACUAAGUGUCCACGGCCCCACGGGGGAAAGCAGAAACGUGGGCAGUGGUUCCUCCUGGCUGAGUCAGGGGCCCUGGGCUUGGUCCACACGUAAGAGGAGAGGGGGAUACGAAGGCAGACACAGGACAGGGUCAGUGCACCUGCCCCUCGCUGCUGACUCCACACACGAAGCAGCUUUAAAGCCUGUGGCCAGAGCGCCGACAGAGGAAGCUGCUGCUGCACCCUUAGGUUUGGCCUAGACUUCCGGGACUGGCAGGUAGCUGCUCACCCACGCACCUGAGUGCCUGGGCGCUCACUCACACAUUCACACAUGCCUCAGGGCACCAAUGCCCUCUCCACCCCCAUGCCCCUGCUGUGGUGUCAGGUUCAGAGUCAGAUGGAGGAAUGUGAGGAGUGUGGUCAGCACAGGACCAGCAGGCCCGUGGUGCAUAUGCGUGUGUGUGUGUGUCCGGUGUAGCCCCUGGCUGCUCAGGUCUCCUCUCGGGGCCCACAAGGUCUGCGUGCACCGGGGUUCUUACAUACUUCCUCUCCAGGGUGGGCUUGAACCCCCUCAGGGCGAUGCCCGGGUGCAGGGCACAGCCUGGAAAUCUGCACAGUAGCCCGGUGCCGAGCCCACAGUUGGUCCCACGCUGGAGGAGGAACCAGCUGCAUCUCCCUGCACCUCAGGCCUGUGUCAGAGAGCAGGAUGCAGGCAGGUGAUGAACCUGCUCAGCACAGAAGGACAUAGAGGUCAUAGGAUCAGAGCAGCCGCUGGCCAGCCACCCACGGUGCCGCGGUAAGAAGGGAUUAGGUGACUGCAAACUGGGUAAGAAAAUCCUCUCACCCCCAGAUCAAGGCCUCUAUUCUGACAGCUUUGUUCUAUUCUCACCCCUCGUUCCCAGGGUGCAGCGGGCACCUUCAGUACUGGUUCCUUUGCACAGCCCUCCGUCCUUGCACCCGCCUCCUCUCCACAUGUCCCCUGUCUGACUCUUCAAGCCCUUUGCUCAGACCUGCAGGAGCCAGGCCUGCGAGCGAGGAAGGCCCAGGUGCCUUCACGCGGAGGGGCCGCAGGGAGCAGGAGCUGUCCAGCUGGGGCGCCCGCCUCCUACAGGCCUGUGAGAUGGGCAACGUGGUGGAGGGCAAGUCGGUGGAGGAGCUGAGCAGCACCGAGUGCCAUCAGUGGUACAAGAAGUUCAUGACCGAAUGCCCCUCUGGCCAGCUCACCCUCUACGAGUUCCGCCAGUUCUUCGGCCUCAAGAACCUGAGCCCGACGGCCAGCCAGUAUGUGGAGCAAAUGUUCGAAACCUUUGACUUCAACAAGGACGGCUACAUCGACUUCAUGGAGUACGUGGCGGCGCUCAGUCUGGUGCUGAAGGGGAAGGUGGAGCACAAGCUGCGCUGGUACUUCAAGCUCUACGACGUCGACGGCAACGGCUGCAUCGACCGCGACGAACUGCUCACCAUCAUCCAGGCCAUUCGAACCAUUAACCCCUGGAGCGACUCCACCAUGACAGCAGAGGAGUUCACCGACACCGUGUUCUCCAAGAUUGACGUCAAUGGGGAUGGGGAGCUGUCCCUGGAGGAGUUCAUGGAGGGUGUGCAGAAGGACCAGAUGCUCCUGGACACGCUCACACAAAGCCUGGACCUCACCCGCAUCGUGCGCAGGCUCCAGAAUGGCGAGCAGGAUGAGGAGGGGGCUGGGGACGGGGAAGCCAAGGCUGCCGGCUGAGCCCACUGCCCGCUGCUUCUGCACUGGGGGUGGCGGCGUAUGGUGGUGCCUGGUGUCACUGGUGUUCUUGUCUUAAUACUACAUAGAAUCCACUGAACAGGAAGCUCAGCUCACCUCCUUGGAGAGCAUGGCGGCCGCAGAGGGGCUGGGCCGGGAGUCCAGAACCUGCACAGUGAAGGAUGGCCCCGGAGCCUCCGGGUGACUCGGUGGCAGGGAGGCUCCAUGCUCGGGCCGCUGCUCAGCACCUCUAGGCCCUCCGGCUCCUCCAUUGCCCCUGCUGGCCUCUCUCCCACCUUUCCCCACUGAGCAACCCGGUCCCUAGUCUUCUGGCUGCGGGGCCCUGAGUCAGGACUGGGCUUUCCUGGGCUUCUGGUGGAACCCUACAGACCUGGUGCCCACAGCCUCGAUGGUGGCACUGCAGCCACACCCCCAUGCUGCCCCCAGGACAAAGCUGGAGUCUACCUGUGUGUUUGUGCUGCUUCCGCUCUCUCUUCAACAAGCAUUUAUGAGCACUGCUAGGAACUCGUGCUCCAUGUUAGACACACAGAGGCGACGGUUCCUUCCUCCAGGACCUCACAGGCCAAUGGGGAGACACGCGGCCAAGCAUGGUUGCAAUAAAAUAUUCCAGGACGCAGUUAUGCGCGGGUCCCUGCAGGAGACUCCCGUAGUGACUUGGCUUUGGGCGUGAAGAAUGGGUUGCGGGUUGCACAUAGAGAUGAUGUGUGGGAGGGAGGGUGCAUCUCUGCCAUGUAUGUGUGUUGCUUGAAGGAGGCUGUGUGGUACGGGUGGGGCACUCUUAGGUGUAAAUUGGGAAUAGCCCUUAGUAUUUAAAUAUUACCAGAUUUGAAACAUAAGGGUCACCAUGUCCAUUUUAGGAAGUUCCUCCUAUGGCCCUAAUAAGCAAAACAACCAUCACCACCACCACCACGAGAAGCUAAACACCCACAACUCCUCAGGUCAUGGGGAUAGGCGUUUAGCCUAGUGUUUAAGAAACUCACAUCCAUGGGGCCGGCGCCGUGGCGCUCUACGUUAAUUCUCCGCCUGCAGCGACGGCAUCCCAUAUGGGCGCUG